UUGUUAUUUUUUCCCCCUCUUCUCUGCAGAGUCAAGAUGGCUAAAGGUGAUCCGAAGAAGCCUAAGGGCAAGAUGUCUGCCUAUGCCUUCUUUGUGCAGACAUGCCGUGAGGAACAUAAGAAAAAGAACCCAGAGGUUCCAGUCAACUUUGCAGAGUUUUCCAAGAAGUGCUCAGAGAGGUGGAAGACCAUGUCAAGCAAGGAAAAGGCUAAAUUUGAUGAAAUGGCAAAGGCUGAUAAGGUACGAUAUGAUAGAGAAAUGAAGGACUAUGGACCAGCUAAGGGUGGCAAGAAGAAGAAGGACCCCAAUGCCCCAAAGCGACCACCGUCUGGCUUCUUCCUCUUCUGUUCAGAGUUCCGCCCCAAGAUCAAGUCCUCAAACCCUGGCAUAUCCAUUGGGGAUGUAGCGAAGAAACUGGGUGAAAUGUGGAACAACCUCAGUGAUGCGGAAAAGCAGCCUUAUAAUAAUAAGGCAGCUAAACUGAAGGAGAAGUACGAGAAGGAUGUUGCAGACUACAAGUCUAAAGGAAAGUUUGAUGGCGCAAAGGGAGCAGCAACCAAAGCUGCUCGGAAAAAGGUAGAGGAAGAAGAUGAAGAGGAGGAGGAGGAUGAAGAAGAGGAGGAUGAAGAUGAUGAUGAUGAAUAAAACUGUACAAUACUUGUCUCCAUGUGAAUACCAUAGAGUAGGGGAAACACCAUAAAUGAAGCACCUCUUAUUCGAGAUGGUGUCUCUUGCCCGUAUUAGGCUUAAUUAAAAAAAAAAUUUGGAUUCCGAUCGCGUUGUAGUUUCUAAAAGUGCUCUAGAAAUUGUAACUGGUUUACAUGAAGUGGCCAUGGGUGUAGUGAGCACCCUGAAACUGUAUCAAAGUUGUACAUAUUUCCAAACGUUUUUAAAAUGAAAAGGCGCUCUAGUGUUCUCCUAACUCUGUGCACUUUGCUGUUGGUGUAACAAAGCAUUUAAAAAUGUUUCAAGCAUUUUUUUAAUUUGUAAGGUGGUGUUACUAUAUGGUUAUUGGCUAGAAAAUCCUGGGUUAUAAACUGUACAUAUCUAUAGUUUGUAAAAACUAGACAGAUUCUUGUGGUACAUGCUUAGAGUUAUGAUGCCUUAGAGGAGCAGUGAUUACUUGGAAAGGCUGUACGUUCCCCGGGGUGCCAUGGCCCAAAGCAUGCACUGUGAGGGUAGAUCUAUUUACACUACAGUGGGCGUCCAUUUAGCUUAAAGUUGUCUUUCUGUAUAUAGUGAAAUAGCAUUCUGCUGCCAUUCUUAGUUGUGGAAGGGGGUUCAGCUGGCAUGAGAAGUGUAUGGAUUUUUUUAGUUAAGUGCGGUAGUUUUUAAACUGAAACUGUAGACACCUCUUCAUCGUCAACUAAGUGAAGAGCCAGUGCAGCAACUGAAGUUCAAAAACACUCUGUACUUAAACGAAUUUGCAACGUUCUGUUUUUUUUGUAUGUUUAGAAUGCUGAAAUGUUUUUGAAGCAAAAUAAACAGUAUUACAUUUUUAAAACUGUUCUUGACAACAUUUUAAAUUUCUGGUUUUAAAAAAGGAUCUUAACAACAGCAAGAGGUUCAUUUUGAAGUCUGUGGCAUCCCUCAGGGCUGGUGACAUAGGAAACAUUCUGACUCAAGGAUUAAAAAAAAAAAAAAAAUUAAUAAAAAAAUGGUGGCCAGCCAAAACUGGCUGAAUUGAAAGAGAUGGCUGCUCCAGCUAAUAUGCAAUCGUAACUGUUUAUGGCUGAGUGGCAUAAGAUGCUAUGCAAGUUUGAACUUUAUUACUUGAACUUGGGAGCCUAAAUGAACAUUCAUGACGUAAUUGUUUGUUUGUGUGUGUAUAUAGCAGCAUUCAGAGAUGCAGUGAAAGGUAGGUGGCUAGGAAUGAGGCUGACACCAUGGAAUAAGUAUAAAAGCAUAGUUUGGAUUUUUUUUCAGUUGUGUUGGGUAAAUUUAUAGCCCAAAUGCAUUGCUGUACAUAUUAAAAUGUGCCUUUUUUGUCCUGUGUUAAA